AUGGUGCUGUGUAAGUUAUUUCUGCAAAUUGAAGAAUUAGCACAUAAUGUCCAUCUUCCGGUAUGGGAAAUAGAUAUGCCCAAGAAGGGGUCCUGGAACUUGACCGCGAGAAUUUAUAAACCAUUGGAUUUUCAGUUCUUCCAAUUGUAUUUGUUGUCUCCUCAACAUAGCUACCGUCAAAUGUAUAGUAUGUUCAUGGAUAAUAAAGAAAUCCAAGAGUUGAUCAGUAAGUAUUUACUGAGCCGCAAUUUAUUGCUAAAGAAACUUUAG